AUGAUGGAAAAUGCUAAAUGGAGAAAUGAACAGAGAAAGAAGAAUGUGACAAGAUACAGAGAAGAGGAAGAUAAAGAACAAGAAGAAAUCAUCAAUGAUCAUAAAUCUUCUUUUGUCAAUGAUAUGAUGUCAGAACAUGCCUCGAAAAGUUCCCUGGAAGAUCGACUGAACAGAAAUAAACAUAACAUACAAAGAACUCAAAGUGCUUUAGAUAAAAACUUCCUUAGAAAAUAA